CAGGUACGCCGGCUCUGCCUUUGGAUGGGUGUGGUGAUGCACAUUCUAUUGAAACUUUGGACUUAAAUCAAGACUUGGCCAAUCAAAGUGAAUGUUCUUUAGUGUCAAAACAUAUGUGUGCUUCUGUUGUUGCAAAGUUGCAGGGCAGUGGUGUUUCAACCAAUGUUAUUUUGUCAGUUGUUGAAAGUAUGGAGGAAUGUUUGAAUGAUAUCCACACAUCCAUUAAACAUCAAAUCUUGAAGGUUGUGCCAGAGUGCAACCCUAGUAGAAGGGCAGUUGAGGAUGUGCUUACAAACUUGCAGAACCCCUUUUCUGAACUCAAUACUGAUAGCAAAUGGAAAAAAUAUUUUUAUACUAAAUGGGGAGUUGUACAACCUGUAGAGGUGCAUUUAGGAGUAAGAUAUGAUUCUAAGAAAAACAAAGUUUCUGGAAAUUAUGAACAGGUACCAGUCAAUGACACUUUCAUCUCUAUACCAUUGUUUAAAACACUUGAUUUUAUUUUCAAGAAUGAGGUGAUUCGCAGCCACAUCCCAUCGUCUACAUUUAGUGAUCUGUAUUCUGAUUUCUGCGAUGGUUCUUAUUUUAAGACUAAUCAGUUGUACUCUAAAACCGAACAUGCCCUCCAGAUUCAGGUUUAUUACGACGAUUUCGAAACCGCUAACCCUCUCGGUUCCAAGCAGGGGGUACAUAAACUCGGAUGUUUGUAUUUCACACUCAGAAAUCUUCCACCUCAUCUCAAUUCUUCACUUAUGAAUAUACAUCUCAUUUCUCUAUUUCACUCACAAGACGCCAAGAAAUAUGGCUUGGAUAAAAUACUGACUCCUUUUCUAGAUGAUGUUAAAAAACUUGAAGUUCAUGGAAUGAAAGUGUCAUUUUCUGAGGAACCUCUUUAUGGAACAAUAUCACAGAUUACAGGUGACAAUUUAGGUUUGAAUGGCAUCCUUGGCUAUGUAGAGUCUUUCAGUGCCACCUACUAUUGCAGGCUAUGCUUAACAGACAAGCACACAGCUCAGACUGUAUUUAGUGAACAUGAUCCAAGGGUUGUUUUGAGAUCAAGAGAGCUGAAUGAGCAGCAUUACAAAUCCCUUGAGAACUCUGGUGAUGGUUCAUGCUAUGGUAUCAAGCACAACAGCAUUCUCAAUGAUUUAAAAUAUUUUAAUGUUGCAGAUAAUGUUGUCGUUGAUAUAAUGCACGACCUGCUUGAAGGUGACGCGUCUAUAGACGAGUGGAACCAGGCCUUUUCAAGUACCAUAUCUGCGGCAGCUUCUUCUGCUAUUCCUAAAAAAGGCAAGGCCCCACAGAAGAAAGUGGUCCCUUGGUGGAACGAAGAGUGUGAUGAGUUUGACUUCAAAUUACAUGAGGACAAACACAAUGAAGAUGCAGAAUUCUCCAGCGACUCAUCUAUGGAGUACAUUCAGCUUAACUGGGACUCCAGUGUGCAAAUUUAUACUGAUGGAUCCAAAGACCCAGAGUCGGGAAAAACUGGCUGUGCAUUCUUCAUCCCUCAAUCCAACAGCUGGGUGUCCAUCAGUACUUAUGGGGAGCUGCAGAACUGUGAGCUGCAGCUGAGUUCACAUCAACACCCACAGGAUGAAGGACACACUCUCACUGAUGCUGCUACUCAGCACCAUAGCCUGUGA